UGCGUCACUUCUCCCGUCGUGUGCGUCUGCAGCUGAGCUAUUUGGAGCACGGUGAAGGAUGCGCUUCGGAGAUCUGCAAAGGAUGCAACCCGGCUUUUGUGCACAUUUAUGAUCGAAAUCAUCCAAAUGGACGAAACAAAGGAGAGCGUAGCGUUCAAGGUUGCUGAAAGGCUGACGCUUGGCAUCACUCGAAUACUCGAGAACAUGCCUGGUGUGGUGGAUGUGCGUUUCGCAGAAAGGGAGCCUGCAGAGAAGAGGGGUUUGCUUUCAUGGGAGCAGAAAAACACGUGUAUUUUACCAGAGGACCUGCGAGAUUUCUAUCUGACAACUGAUGGCUUUACACUGACGUGGAGCGUUAAAUUAGACAGUGAGUGUGUUCCCUUGGGUUGCAUGAUGAUUAAUAGUGUGGCCAGACUGUGCCCGCUGCUCCAACCCGUAUCACUUUUCUCUCUGCCCAACGCGCCCUCACUAGCUGACCUAGACUGGGAGGAGAGCAGCACAGAAAGUGGGUCGCCGCAUGUGCCCGCUGCGCCUCAUUUUGACUCCCGGAGUCGCAUCUUCGAGCUGGAUUCCUGUGGUGGGAAUGGCAAAGUGUGCCUAGUCUACAAAAACUGCACUCCAGGUGUGGUUGCUCAGAAGAGUGAAAUAUGGUUCCUCGACCGCUCUCUGUGCUGGCAUUUUCUGACCACAACCUUCACCUCUUACUACCGACUGAUGAUAACCCACCUCGGUCUGCCUGAGUGGCAGUAUCUUUUCACCCCAUAUGGUCCCAGCCCCCAGGCUAAGGAUCUUAAAUUAUCUUUAUCCUGUUUCCUGCUGCAGCAGUGGGCAUCCCUCUACCAACCCCUGACUUUCAACUGUGAGCUCAGCUUGGCAGAUCCUGCUGGGGAUUUAUAUCUGAACAAGCUGGAUCCUACCAAGGCUUUCAAAGGCAAAGCCAAGGUCCCUGCCCCCAAGAAGAAGCAGUCGACACAGUGCAGCUCAGGGGGUGCAGCCAAGGCCCAAGGCAAUGCGGGAAGACAAAGUGGAGCAAAGCGGUGAGAAGGUACCCAUACGAUGAAGACGUUUCUGCUAAAGACACCUUCACUGUCAGUCUGACCAACAUGUCUGCAUUUCUGCAAUUCCCUCGUCAGCUGGACUUCAUGCUGAUUGACAUGAAUGGAUGCUGUCAUAGACUGAGUUGAUAUGUAGCCAGGGUAUUUGCUGGCUAGACACAGUGGAAAGGUGAUAUGGACAUAAUACUAGGCAAAAGUGCUUCUAAACUUUAUAGGUUUGAGGAUCUGAUGCCAGUUUCCCCCAAACCUGGCUUAGAUGGUUAAAAAUAACACUUUCAAUAAAUGUAGAAAGACACAGAAAAUCCUGAAUUUUAUCCACCUUUUCAUGCUAAAUGUUGCCACAGAAAUUAGUCUUAAAUCAAUCAACAGUGAGUUGUAUCAGUGUAGAUUCAGUACUUACUCAUCUAAUGUAGUGUUCACUACUGACAGCUAAUGGUUAAAGAAAAAAAAAAAUCAAAGCAGCCAAUUUUACAAUUGUACCACUGCUGUAACCGUAACAGACACCAUCAGUUUAUGUGGGAUUUUCAGUUGCUGCUCAUUUAUGAAUGCAUUAUACAAGUAUUAUAUGCAACAUGUAAUUUGUAAAGGAAGUUUGGAAAUGGGUAGAUAACACAUCUGUUUAUGUUAAGUGACUGUAAACCUUGAGGAAGCAAGAAAACUUAAUAAUAUGUCAUUCACACCCUGCAUGACUGUAACUACAGUUUGAAACUGAUAAUACUAACAGGGGUUUGACAGGUUUAACAGGCUGCAAUACCAGAUGCUACUGCAAACUGUUGUAUGGACUCAACAGAUGCUUUUGAGCUUCACUAUCAACAAACGACUUAAGUGUGUAGACAAGCCUAAAACAUGACAUGCUAUAUUAUAAAAGGACUAUUUGUAUCAUUGUAUCACUGCAGUGCCUCACGAAUGCUGCUCUGUAAUGUAAACUUCACAAAUGAACACUGAUCUCGUCCACAAUGGCAUCUGCUCAGAUUAUUCAUCAUGAGCGCGUGAAUGUCAGACGUAUAUUUUAGCAUUUUCCAUUCUAAUGGAACUCUAAUUUGGCAGGAGGUGUGAAUAGGUGUGAAUGGUUGUCUGUCUCUGUUUCAAGGGAUUUAUACUUCUGUGUUAAAUCUAUGCCAUAGGUACGUCAUAACCACAAACCCCUCUGAAACCCUACAACUUAGCCUAGGCCCUAACCUGGUGUACACCUCCCUACGAUGUACACUACACGUUGUGUCAAAGCAGGGACAUCAAUCAUCGAUUUUAAUUGGUCUAUUCAGUACUGUUGAUUCCUCUUAUGCAUUUUCAACUACUUUUCUGUGGCUGGCACUGCAUCUGAAACACCAGGUGUCAGCCACUUCCAUAGUUUACAUCAUAUACCCUACAAAAAAUUCACCACAGAAGUCUAAAUCAGUUUUAGCCCUGCUAUAGACUGGCAGCCUACCCAUCGUGUACCCCCCACCCAGCCAUAAAGUGGGUAAGCAGUUAAAUAAAUGGAUGGAUGGCUGUUAUAAGUAUAAAGCUCAGCAGACCCAAUCUCACAUCUAUAAUUUUGGUUCAAGUACUUUUGGAGCAGUAGAAGACACAUACUGUUUGUCUUUAGGCUGCUGUGCACUGGAACGCUAAAAAGAAAAAUGUCUGCAUUUGGCUAUGCUGCUGUCCUCUCAAGCUGUGAGGAGUCAUCUCCUACUGUGUGUUUGAUUUUCAAAAAGAUACAUGAUCUUUAUUGCAGUAUAUGGAAGCCGUUUGCUUUUCUUUGCAUACCCUUAAGUUUUUCCACAGUCAUGAAGUAGCCCCCUGUUGACUGUUAAAGUGAAUGAUAUUUGUGGUGUCUUGUAAGGUUACAUCAGCUGCUAUUGCAGUAAUAAAAACAGAGCAUGAGUGA